GAAUCCCUACUCCUCCAUGUACCUGACGAGCUCGUGGUGUGAGUUUUCGUUCACAAGUCCCACAUUUUUUCAUACGUCUGCUGAACGUCGGUGCGUGUUGUUUGGUGCUGCACUCCGUCAUCAUUCAUCUGCAUAAUUUAACAUUGUUGGAGUGCAUCACACAAAAACAUGCUGGUUUUUUCGGCUAUUCUCGCAUUUUAUGCGGUUUCAGCAUUUGCUGCAAAGGACAGCCAUCCUUGCCGGAGAUCAUGCAACAAUUCCACCCAACCUAUGACCUGCUACUACAACUUUGAAGUGGAGCCCUAUCAAACGCUGAGCAAAGCUUGCUAUGCCUGCGCCUUUGGAAAUGUUACAGACUGCAUGCGGCAAGAUUGCGUUGCGGGAGACGGAGUAGCAAGGCUCAUCGCUGUCGUUAACAGGCAACUGCCGGGACCAGAAAUAAGAGUUUGCUAUGGCGAUAAAAUAGUCGUCGAUGUGCACAACUCGUUGAUGAGCGAGACCACCUCAGUGCACUGGCACGGCCACCACCAAAAAGGGUCGCCACACAUGGACGGCGUGCCGUCGGUCACCCAGUGUCCGAUAUCUCCCGGCUCAACCUUUAGGUACAUAUUCAAGGCAGACACCCAAGGCACCCAUUUCUGGCAUUCGCAUUCAGGCGUUCAGAGGGGAGACGGCGUUUUCGGAGCUUUGAUAAUCGAGGACCCUGUGGACCCGCACAGGUCCCUCUAUGACUUCGACCUACCAGAACAUGUGAUUAUUUUGAAUGACUGGCUGCACGAGUCGACCAUCAGCAAACUCAUCGCGCACCACUUUGCAGCAGGAGACAACAAGCCCGACAACAUCCUGGUGAAUGGAAAGGGCCGAUACGAGAGUGGAAAUAACUCAUUCGCGGCUCCACUUGAGAAUUUCGUCGUGAAAAAAGGCAAAAAAUAUCGCUUCCGUCUGAUAAACUCUGGAUAUAACAACUGCCCGAUGGAGCUGUCAGUUGACAACCACACAAUCACCGUGAUUUCAACUGACGGAUCAAACCUCCAACCUAUUCCAGUUGACUCUGUGGUAUCCUAUGCUGGCGAACGGUUUGAUUUCGUCCUCAGUGCAAACCAAUCAAUCGGGCGCUACUGGAUCAGGAUUAAAGGCUUGAUGGACUGCGAUGAACGCUUUCGGUCUGCUUUCCAAGCGGCGAUAUUAACAUAUGAAGGCGCUAACAUGAGUAAAGAGCCAGAGCCGUUCGUCAGCUACAAAAAUGCGCAUCGGGAAGGAAAGCAAUUAAAUUCGCUGAACCUGGACUCAUUUGAUGAGGACAUCAGUAAAUUCACAGUGGCUGAAAUUCAUUCUCUUGAGCCUGGAGACGUGAAAACUUUGACAGCCAACGCAGACCAUACAAUUUAUAUAGGUUAUGAUUUUUACCCUAAAGACAACCCACUUACAAACCCAGCUGGCAAGUACGGAUUUCACGAAGUAUUGAGAAAGGAAGAAAGUCUCACUACGCCCCAGUUAAACAACAUCACUUUGAUGUUACCCCCGACCCCCUUGAUAAUGCAGUCAGGAGAGCAGCUAAACGCUCUGGGCUGCAAUGAUACAUCUCUGAGGAUGCAAGGGAAGGACUGCGCUAUUAAAGAUUUUUGCAAGUGCCUGCACCGCAUUAAGGUCAACGUGAACGACAUAGUGGAUUUUGUUCUAUUUGAUGAAGGAAAUAGAUUUGAUGCCAACCACCCAUUCCACUUGCACGGCCAUGCCUUCCAUGUCAUGGCAAUUAAAAAACUGGGCAUGAGCACGAAUUUGCAAGAAGUGAAAAAAUUCAUGCAACAGAGCAAGAAGAAUAAGAAGGUGAAUCUACAUGCUAUUUUGAAAGACACUGUGUCCAUUCCUGAUGGAGGACUGGCCCAGUUGCGAAUAAAAGCGGCAAAUCCUGGAGUGUGGCUUUUCCAUUGCCACAUAGGUUUUCACGUCGAGAUCGGAAUGGCAUUUGUAGUUCAGGUAGGAGAACCUGAACAGUUCGCACCAACACCAAAGGGAUUCCCGAAAUGUGGAGAUUGGAUACCAAACGACUUGGACGAUGGACCUGACGUAUCAGAUAAUACGAUUGUGCUGAUAAAUGGAGGCAAAGACAAAGAUAAAGUAACUUAUCAAAUUGUUCACAACAUAACAGUUAACGUAAAAAAUGAGCCACCAAAACAUCAAGGAAUCCUUAAUUCUUGGCUGAACGGACGCAACGCGGCGCCACAAGAAAGAAUAAGUUUGACGAUAUUGACAGGAGUUUUGAGUGUAAUAAUAUUACUGUAGUUAUUGUUUGAAAAAAUAUUUUUAUGAUCUUUGCGUAGUGAUGGGUGGAUGAAAUUAUGUAUCAAAAUUAACGCAGUGUUUAACUUUGAUUAAUGAUUAAAUGAAAAAUACAUUAUCUGUCCUCUA